UUUAUUCUCAAUCACAACAUAGACCAGUAGUACUUACUUCAGUGCUUACGUUCAUUUCAUCAAAAUAUUCCCCGAAGUUAUCCCAACUCAUAAGGCGUCAAGAAUGCCUCCACCUGCUCCUAUCGUUCCCGAGGGCUGGAAAGCCGAAUUUGAUGACCGAUAUCAGGAAUGGUACUAUGUCAAUCUUCACACCGGACGCUCGCAAUGGGAACGGCCAGACCGGCCAGCCCAGCCUGAUGGCGCGGCUCCUCCUCCCCAGGGUCCCCCGCCCAGUUACGAGGCCACCACGCGUGAUCGACAAGAUCCUGAUCCACGAGCUCGGGAUCGUCCGGAUGCCUCCUACUACGUCUCCCCGCGACCUGCGUCGCAGUCCAACUAUGUGCCGAAUCGAGGGGAAGGGCCCUAUGGCUACCCGCAGCCCCAGUACGGGUACAAUGGCUACGGCUAUAACCCUGCGUAUCCCCCGCAACCUGCCUACCCCAAUCAGUAUCCCAAUGCCUACCAGAACGGCCCCGAUCAAGCCCAAGCCCCGCGCAAUCAGAAGCAGAAGAAAGGCAUGGGCAAGAUGGGGGCUGCUGCCCUAGGAGUGGGCGGAGGAUUGCUGGGAGGAUUUCUGCUCGGAGAAGGCAUCGAGGCGUUGGAGGAUGAUUUUGAUGGUCCACCACCGCCAGGACCGGACUUUGACGACUUUGGAGGAGGUUUUUAAACCUUCUAAUGCUUGAUUGUGGUUAUUUUCGCGACGACGACAUGAUGCGUUGUAGGAGAGAUGUUUAUGCCAACUCGAUACCCAAUAGACUUCAAUACAGACUCCUUC